UUAAUAAUAGCUAUUUUAUUUUCUAUAAUUUAUCUUUUUUCCUAUCCCAAUUUAAAAAAGAACAGACCUCCAUCACCAUUGUCAGUCCCAAUAAUUGGAAAUUUAAAUGAAAUUAUAAAAAACAAACAAUAUUUAUAUUUAUUCGAUUUAUAUAAGAAAUAUGGACCUAUAUAUCAAGUAAAAUAUGGAGUUGUAAAUACUGUGGUAUUAUGUGAAUACGAUAUUUUAAAAGAAGCAUUUAUAGAUAAUGGGGAUAUAUUUAUGAAUAGAUUUGUAAAAAUAAGUAAACUUUUUAAAUCACAAGAAAAUAUUGUAAAUUCAAAUGGUAAAGUUUGGAAGAAACUUCAUUCAAUUGCAACUCAAGAAUUACUUCCCAAUCAUAAAAUUAAAAAAUAUGAAACAAUGAUUAUUGAAGAAGCAAAUAAACUAUUAAAUAAAUUUCAAGAGCAAGCUAAUAAUGGAGCAAUUGACGAUCCCACAGCAAAUGUUAAAAUGUGUUUUCUAAAUAUAAUUUUAUCUUUUUUAUUCAAUUUUACUUAUGAAGAUUACAACGAUGAAAUAGCAAAUAAGAUGGUAGAAAAUAUUCAUAAGAUAUUUAGAUUUGGGGCCAAACCUUUAAUUUAUGACUAUAUUCCAUUUAUACAUAGAUUUUACAAAAACGAACCAAAAGAAUAUUAUCAAAUAUUUGCUGAAAUUUAUAAAUUUAUUAAUGAUUUGGUAAUGGACAAGCUAAACUCAAUCGACAGUGAAACAAAACCCAAUUGUUUUGUAGAAUUACUACUAUUGAAAUAUAAAAGUGGUGAACUGACAAUGAAUGAGGUAUUAAAAACAACAACAGAUAUUUUAAUUGCAGGUUCAGAUACAGCAGCUCUAUUUAUAUUGCAUCUAAUUAUGGCUCUAAGCAACCGUCCUGAAAUUCAAGAAAAGGUGUAUAGUGAAAUAAAAAAAGAUUCAAUAAUAUCUUAUUCAAACAAAAAUACAACUCCAUACUUUAAUGCAGUUUUAAAAGAAGUUGAAAGAUUGUAUACCAUAUCUCCCCUCUCACAGCCUCAUUCCACAAAUGAAGAUAUAACAUUAAGAGGAUAUUUUAUUCCGAAAACCUCUCAGGUUAUAAUAAAUACAUAUGCAGCUCACUUAUCUGAAAAGAAUUGGGAUAAACCAUUAGAAUUUAUACCAGAACGUUUUAUUAAUGAUAAACAGCUAGAAAAGAAACUACUUACAUUUGGUAUUGGCCCUAGAAAUUGUUUGGGUUUUCAAUUUGCACUCCAACAGGUGUAUUUGGUAGCAAUGGUUUUAUUUAAAUCAAUUAAAUUUUCAACAGUUUCAAACUCUUUAAUACCGGAACUAAGAGAACCUGGAACAACAUUGGCCCCUUUGCCUUUUAAAGUUUUAUGCUCAAAAAGAUAA